UAUCGUGAAAGCUCAGUUCUGGCCCAUUUGUACAUGGGGUUAUACGCAUUCAUGCGUAUGAUAAUCCUGCCAGCAGUGCAUUUAUUGAGGUUUUGUAAUUGUGUAGCAUUAAGCGGCACGUGCGCUGCAUGGAUUGGUUGCUGUCAUUAGUGCAUUCUUUAUAAUUAAUAAUAAUAUAGUGUUUAGUAAAAAUUGCAAGAUGUGGAUUUUUGUAUUUCUAUAUUCGUUACUUAUAUGCUCAGGCCAACUGGAGGCUGACAAGAAAGUUAACAAAUAUGUUACUACGUUAAUUGAUGCAAAAUGGAGAGAUACCCCCUUGUUGCUCGAAGUAGCAGAAUAUUUAAGUGAUGAAAAUCCUGAUUACUUUUGGAGAUUCAUUGAUGCAGUCUCUAGUAGAACCAAUGAUUUGGUUAAUAAUGCAACAGAGAGGGAUCAAUAUAAUAUAGCGAUUGAAAUAGCUGGGAAAUUUUUAACGCACACUGAACUGGCGGUCCUUAAGUUAGGACUUUCUUUACGCAUUUAUUCAGCGAGAGUGGAGAUGUUUUCCCAAAUGGCUUUGAAUAAAAAUGCCUCUAGCUUAGGAUGUAAUACUGUCUUAGACGUAGGUGGUAAAUUCACUUGUUCGUUAGAAGAAUUAGACGAUUUAAUUACUCAGGAUGAAUGGAACAAGAUAGACACUUACAAUAUAGAUCAUCAUUACCCUGGAUCGCAACAAUCUAAAAAACAAGUUGUGUUUUACGGACAAUUAGGAACACCAGAAUUUCCUGAAUAUCAUGAAAAGUUAAAAUCCUUGGCAGAAUCUAAAAAAAUUGAUUAUAUCCUUCGUCAUUACGUAAAAGAUAGGUUAGAUAGACGAUUACGCUUGUCAGGAUAUGGUGUGGAACUUCAAAUGAAGUCAACUGAAUACAAAGCAACAGACGAUUCUGACAUAAAAGAUAAUUCUGGUAAAGACGAUGAAGAUGAAAAUGACGGUGUUGAAGAAAUCGAUGGCCUCAACUUUGCAAUACUAAAGAAUUUAUAUCCAGACAAAAGAUCCGAAUUGGAUGAAUUGCAGAUGCAUUUAUUGGAUACCAGCCAUGAGAUCGGGGCUCUUAAAGUUUGGCAAUUUCAAGAACUAAGUCAUCAAGCAGCCGAAAGAAUAAUGAAUUCACCAUCGAGUGAGGCUAUCAAAGCUCUUACUGAUAUCUCACAAAAUUUUCCAAUGCAGGCCAAAUCAUUGAUUCGUACAAAAGUAAGAAGUGAUAUGAAGAAAGAGAUGAAAUUAAAUCAAGAACUGUUUGCUGCGAGUCUAAAUAUUCAACCCACUGAUACUGCUUUAUUCAUAAAUGGUUUGUUCUUUGACUUGGAAGCCAUCGAUAUUCUGACUCUUCUGGAGUCACUACGAGGGGAAUUGCGUGUAAUGGAGGCACUUCAUAAAAUUGGAUUCAAUAAUAAAAGAAUGAGCAAGUUAUUAUCUUUGGAUUUAUCUGGUAAUACGGAUAAUCAGGACUUUGCAAUGGAUAUAAGAGAUUCUGCUGUGAUAUGGGUGAAUGAUAUUGAGAAUGAUUCUCGCUACUCCAGAUGGUCUCCAGUAUUAACUGAAUUAUUACGACCAACCUUCCCUGGAAUGCUCAGGAACAUCAGAAGAAAUCUUUACAAUUUGGUUCUCAUAAUUGAUCCAUUGAGUGAAGAAUCAACGCCGUUGAUUGCUCUAGCUGAAUCCCUAUACGCUCAUUCAGCUCCUCUUCGAGUAGGAUUUGUCUUUGUAACCAACUUCAACACUUCCAUAACAGGUUUAACCGAUGCCAGUGUGGCAGUCAAUAAUGCCUAUCACUACUUCGCAGAGAGUAAGAACUCCAAGGAAGCUUUAAAUUUCCUGUCCGAUUUGGAAAAUUAUAUAGGAGUGCAUGGUCCUGAUGUGAGUGACAUAAAAAAGGCAAUCAAAGCCAGAGAUUCGUCUGCUGAUAUAAAUUACAUACUCGGUGAGGAAUCUGAGUAUGACGUAGGUCGUCACCUUGCAAGUGACUUUGUUAGACGUACUGGUUUCAAAAAGUUCCCUCAAGCAUUACUCAAUGGCGUUCCACUGCCAUCGAAUCAACUGAAUUCUGAAUCCUUCGAGGAGGCUGUUUUGUCAACCAUAAUAACCCUGACUCCAUCGAUGCAAAAGGCUGUCUAUAGGGGUGAAGUAACAGAAGGGGAUGAUGUGGUGGAUUUUAUAAUGAAUCAACCAAACGUAAUGCCACGAUUAAACGAACGUAUUUUAAAAGUUGAUAAAAGUACCUGGUUAAAUUUGGUUGGUGUUCCUCCCGAAGACCAAGAAUAUGUAAAAUGGAGUUCUCAGGAUGCUUCAGCGUGGCUCAUGGAGAAUAUGCGAUACGUAUCUGCUUCACGUCGAGAUAACAUGCAUCAUUUAUAUUCUCUUUGGAUCGUUGCUGAUCUGAAGGAAUCUAUGGGUAGACAAUUGCUUCGUGAAGCUUUAGAAUAUGUGGAAUCUAAUGCAGAUGUCAGAGCUUCUAUAAUAAUAAACAGUGCCGAUGAUGUAGGAUCAGAAAUUGAUAUUAAUAAAAUAGCAAUUGCUGCAUUGAAUACAUUGCCAUCGGACAAGAUCCUAGGUUACUUGAAGAAAUUAAUUAAGGAGGAUACGGUGACUCUUAUUGCUAAGGGUGAUUAUGAUAUCGAGAAUGAAGCUGUCAAAGAGCAGGUAGAACAACAGAACUUUAUUCUCAGUGUACAUAGACAUUAUGCCAAGGCUGUUCUUGGACUAGAGAAAGGAAGUAGAGCGGUUAUAUGCAAUGGUCGUAUUAUUGGUCCUUUUGAUGAAAACGAAGAAUUUACUAAUGAAGAUUUCUCACUUUUGGAAAGAUUUAGUCACAGUACAUACGGAGACAAGUUAUUCAAGAACUUAUUCAAGAGUCAGUUGUUUGACGAUGAUGAAUACGAAAAAAAUGAUAUAUCUGAUGAUAUGAUCAUGAAAAUCUCUUCGCUCUUGGUACCAAGACCUCAAACUCGUAGUCGUUUUGAUAUUCCAUAUCACGGCGAUGAACAUAGUGCCAUAAAGGUUCCAGCAGCAAAUCCGGAUGGUGUUGCGUUCAAUCUUGUCGCCAUUGUGGAUCCUGUUUCGCGGGGCGCACAAAAAUUAGGACCUAUAUUGAAUGUAUUACAGCAAACAUUAAAUUGUGAGAUCAAAGUAUUUUUGAAUUGUGUGGAGAAAAAUAGCGACAUGCCAUUGAAGAGUUUUUAUCGAUUCGUACUUGAGCCUGAAAUACAAUUUACACCGGAAGGUCAUAUAAUUGGAGCAGUCGCACGUUUCACAAAACUGCCAACUUCCUCAUUGCUUACGCAGUAUAUUCACUCACCAGAAAACUGGCUGGUUGAAGUAGUCCGCAGUGUUUAUGAUUUGGAUAACAUUAAACUGGAUAAUGUUGCUAUAGGAGUACAUAGUGAAUUCGAGCUAGAGCAUUUGCUUCUCGAAGGACAUUGUUUCGAAGCUCUAAUGGGCAAUCCCCCAAGAGGAUUACAAAUUACUUUGGGAACCGAAAACCAACCAGUGAUGUUUGACACAAUUGUGAUGGCUAAUUUAGGAUAUUUUCAACUAAAAGCUAAUCCUGGUGACUGGCUUUUACGUCUACGACAAGGACGUUCUGCAGAAAUCUAUGAUAUCUCAAGUGUCGAUGGUCAAGAUGUUAUUCAAGAUGGUAACAAUGUAAAGGUUCUGAUCAGUUCGCUGAAGAGUCACGUUUUGAAAUUAAAGGUCUCAAAAAAGCCAGACAAAGCAGGAAUGGAUCUUUUGUCCGAAGACGACAAAAGCUCUGGAUUAUGGAACUCGAUUUCUCGGACCUUCACAACUGGUGAAGAAUCCGAGGAUCAAGAUGAAAAGUUAAAUAUCUUCUCACUCGCAUCCGGCCAUCUGUAUGAAAGAUUUUUAAAGAUCAUGAUGAUCAGUGUAAUGAAACACACAAAGUCCCCAGUGAAAUUUUGGUUCCUCAAAAAUUACCUGUCGCCAACGUUAAAAGACUUCCUACCACACAUGGCAAAAGAAUAUGGCUUCGAGUAUGAAUUAGUUCAAUAUAAAUGGCCACGCUGGCUUCACCAGCAAACCGAAAAACAGAGAACAAUAUGGGGAUAUAAAAUAUUAUUCCUGGAUGUGCUAUUCCCACUGGAUGUCAAGAAAAUAAUAUUCGUGGAUGCCGAUCAGGUAGUUAGAGCAGAUCUCAAAGAAUUAGCUACCUUAGAUUUAGGUGGUGCGCCGUAUGCCUAUACACCAUUUUGUGAUAGCAGAAAAGAAAUGGAUGGAUUUAGAUUCUGGCGACAAGGAUACUGGAGGAAUCAUCUCCAAGGUCGUUCUUAUCAUAUCAGUGCUCUGUACGUUGUGGAUCUAAAGCGUUUCCGUCGUAUAGCAGCAGGAGACAGAUUAAGAGGUCAAUAUCAAGCUCUUAGUCAGGAUCCUAACAGUCUUUCAAAUCUUGAUCAGGAUCUACCUAACAACAUGAUACAUCAAGUAGCAAUAAAGACCUUACCGCAGGAAUGGUUAUGGUGUGAAACUUGGUGUAGCGAUGAGUCCAAAAAAUAUGCUAAAACAAUUGAUUUAUGCAACAAUCCUAUGACCAAGGAAGCCAAGUUACAAGCAGCCAUGCGCAUCUUACCAGAAUGGAUAGGGUACGAUGAGGAAAUCAAAGCUUUACACCAGAGAAUAGAAAAUGAAAACAGACAACUGGAGCGAGAAGAUGUUGAUAUUAGCGACGAUUCUCCAAAGCACGAAGAGUUGUGAGGUGUAUUCCCCAUAUGCAUAAAUUGACUAAUGCAUUUUUACGAUAUAUAUGAGGUUUUUUAUAACGUUUUCUGUAAAAAGUUGUUCGCUAUACUAUAGGACAUAAUGGCCAAAUAUCAAUAGGUCACUCUACUGAAGGAUAUAUGAAGUGAAACGCAGUUUUUCUUCUCGAAGUAUUCUGACUUCUACCACCAUAAUAAGUGCAUCGAAGGUUUUUCAUGAUUGUUUUGAUAAUCGUUCUUCGAGAGUUUCGAUAAUUCAUCAACGAUAGAUUAUUAAAUCUUUUUACUGUGCAGUGUGAUAUUUUGUCGAUUACGGUGUAACUGAUCAAUUUAUAUAAACAUUUAUAACUAUUUGAAUCAUAAUGUGAAUAUUACUAUCUUGAGUGAGGUUUCAUGUUUUAUAAACAUUCAAUUGAUGAGCUCGCAAUGCAUAAUAACAGAACACUGUCACACCGUCCUUCGUAUAAAAAUAUAAGGAAUAAAAUAGUGAAGAAAUUACAAAGAA